GAAGAAUAAAAUAAAGAAGUUCAUGCACCGCCCCCUGCUGGUUGAUUUGGGGGUUGCAGGUGUGGCUGUCUGAUGCUGCUGUGAUCUCACAGUUGUCGCUGUGCAGUGGAGGCGUUUUUUUUUCUGCGUGCAACCAACCGCAAGAAAUGGAUGUGUUUCUAAUGAUCAGACGUCACAAGACGACCAUCUUCACAGAUGCCAAAGAGUCUACCACAGUCUAUGAACUGAAGCGCAUUGUGGAAGGCAUUUUAAAGAGGCCACCUGAAGAUCAGAGGCUUUAUAAGGAUGACGUGAUGCUUAAUGAUGGUCAAACUCUUGGAAAUUGUGGCUUUACAAAUCAAACAGCCCGACCUCAGGCCCCAGCCACGGUGGGAUUAGCUUUCCGUUUGAGUGAUGAUUCAUUUGAGCAGCUGAGGAUCGAGCCUUUCUCCACUCCCCCAGAGCUCCCUGACGUCAUGAAGCCCCAGGACUCGGGCAGCACAGCCAACGAGCAGGCUGUACAGUGAGGGAGGGGCCUGCAAAACUAGAGGGACGCACAGGGGGUCGGAGGGAGGAUGCACGGGGGGAGGGAGGGGAUUAAUUUUGGGAAGUGAUGCCUCCGCGGGUGAGUUUUACCUUGCCGACGACAGAUCUUCAGCUGGGCAUAAACAAUUACAAACAUGGAUUCCCCUUGUUGUAAAUGUGAUGGCGGGUGCUUCAAAGUGGUUCAUUUGUCCUGAAAUCAGUGAACGCAUGCUAGAUAAAUUGAUAAUUUCACACAAGACCCUUCAGAGAUACCUGACGGACUUGUCACGACACUGUCAGUCAUCCAUGGGAUUGGUAACGGCUGAACAUAAAAAAAAUUGUACCUCGUAUUUAAUUAAUUCUAGUCUUUAUUUGGGGUAAGGUUAUUGCUGCCUUACUUGUGUUUUUUAUUUUGCUGGCUUAAAUGUGGGAGUUGAUAAGGUGUGACAUUUUUAGGCUUUAUGUUUGUGUGUUUCUUUAUUAAACUAUUACUAGGAUUUAACAUGUUUUUGGUCUUUGGCCUGGAUAUGUGUUGCGACAAUAGCUAGGAGUUUGUGAAUUUCUAAGUUGCUAUCUGUAUUUCAAAAACUUUUGAACAGUAUGAAUCUGAAAUAAAAUAGAUUCACUUGUUGGCAGGAGAUCUGGCAUUAAGAUGAACAUUUCUUGGUACUUAACCAAUCAGUAGUUGUAGUUUUCAUACUGUAGCUGCUCACAGAAGUUACUGAGACUGACUGCACUCAGUUGUGGGUAUCUACAACACAUGUAACACUGGCGUGGACCUUGUGUUGAAAAUGAAAUGUCUGACAGUCAGAGCAGCAAUCAAAAAUUAAAUAAUAGUGAUUGUUGAUUAUUUUUUACCUUACUUAUGAAGGUGGGGACUAACCAACUUUUCUCUCCAAUGUUUGAUUGUAGCCAAUGACAUCUUGGAGAUGUUGAUGAAAUCUUCAUGACUUGAAUCAGUGGGCCUAAAUGUUUCCAGUAAACAGUUUUAAGUUAAACAGGUAGUUUGUUACAUGAUGAGUUUUGAACUGUGUCUGUGAGUAGUGGGCUGCACAUUUGACUCUUUAUUAUCCAAAAAAAAAUCACUACCCCUUUACAUUUAGUUCAUGCUGCAACUUGUGUUGUAUUAUACCCCAUUAAUACCUUAAUACACAUUGUUUUUCUAAAAUUAAAAAAUAAAUUAAAAAUGAACUCAUUUGCACAUCAGAAAAUUCAAAUACAGCACUGGAUCUCACAAUCUAGAAUAAUAAAAUUUAAAAACAAAAAACCCUCCAUUAGUUACAACAGGAAAGUAUAUUCUGACCUGGGGGUGUUGAAUGAAAUUGUUGACAUUAACAUUUGCAAAUUGAGGCUGUUAAACAGUGGGACAUGAUCAAAGUUGCACUUGUAACUGAUUUAACAUUAAAACAACUGUUUUUCA